AUGUGAAGCUGUUCGUGCAGAUGUCAUGUGAAGCGGAUGAGGUUUAUCAUGCUGCGCUCUCUCGUGAGAACGGAUCGCGUCGCAGUCGGUGUCGUUAGAAAACUGGCACCGUUCAAUGAAUUCGCGCGAGGCAUCAAGUGUCAAUCAGGCGCUUUACACGCGCAGAGCGCCGCAGCAGAGACGGGAAAACACAAAACUAUCGAUGAUUUACCGGGACCCAAUCUGAUGACCACUGCAUACUGGCUCUUUAUUAAAGGAUAUGCCGAUAAAAGUCACGCAAUGCAGGUGGAGCACAAGCGGCUGUACGGUCCCAUCUGGCGUUCUCGUUUCGGGCCGUUCGACGUGGUGAACGUGGCGAGUGCAGAUCUGAUCGCACAGGUGAUCCGCCAGGAGGGCCGCUACCCCGUCCGGACUGAUCUGUCACACUGGAAAGAGUACAGAGACAUGAGAGGACAAGCGUAUGGACUUCAUGUGGACACGGGUCCUGAGUGGUAUCGCAUCCGCAGUGCUCUCAAUCCUAAAAUGCUGAAACUGAAGGAGGUGGCGGCGUACGCGCCCAUCGUUCAUGAGGUCGUGUCUGAUCUCCUGCAGCGCCUGGAGCUUCUGCGUCUGCGCAGUCAAGACCAGCGCACCAUCCACGACCUGGCAUCUGAGCUUUACAAAUUUGGUUUUGAGGGAAUCUCUUCUAUUUUGUUCGAAACACGGUUGGGAUGUCUACAGGAGGAGAUCCCCACAGACACGCUGCGCUUCAUAUCCGCCGUCAAUGACAUGUUGACGCUCUCUGAGACGGUUCUUUUCUUCCCGCGCUGGAGCCGUGGCAUCCUCCCCUUCUGGAAACGCUUCGUCCAGGCGUGGGAUGAAUUGAUAGACGUAGCCCGGCGUUUGAUUGACAAGAAGGUGAAGCAGGUUGAAGAUCAGAUGAGUCGUGGAGAGCAGGUGGAGGGGAUGUAUCUCACUUAUCUGUUGUCCAGUAACAAACUCAGUUUAGCAGAAGUGUACAUCAGCAUCACAGAGCUUCUGCUGGGCGGUGUGGACACGACCUCCAACACACUCUCGUGGACUCUGUACCACCUGGCUCGAGAUGCAGAGAUACAGAAGCGGCUGUACGAUGAGGUCAUUUCUGUGUGUCCGAAGGGCGAGCUGCCCACCACGGAUGACCUGAGCAGAAUGCCCUACAUGAAAGCCGUCAUCAAAGAAACUCUCAGAAUGUAUCCUGUUGUCCCCGGUAACGGACGCCUGACUGUGGAUACAGAAGUCAUCGUGAAUGAUUAUUGGUUCCCUAAGAAGACACAGUUUCAUCUGUGUCACUACGCCGUCAGUCACGAUGAAAAUGAGUUUCCGGAUGCUGAGCGUUUCAUUCCAGAGCGGUGGCUGAGAGACAGCGCGUCUCGCUCUCAUCAUCACCCGUACAGUUCAGUGCCGUUCGGGGUGGGCGUGCGGGCCUGUGUGGGGAAGAGAGUGGCCGAGCUGGAGAUGUACUUUGCUCUGUGUAGACUGAUGCAACAUUAUGAGGUCAGAUCAGAGGACGGGGCCCCGACGAUACAGCCCAAGACUCGAACCCUGCUCAUUCCAUCUGAACCCAUUAACCUGCGCUUUCUGCCCCGGGCUUAAUUCAUUUAAUUCCAAACCUGUUUUCGUGCAACAGAGCCUGUCAAUAGAACACAGACAGAAAGUGGACGCGGGUCAGCAAUCAAAAUAUAAUAAAUCAAGAUGAAAUAUUUCAACAGAUAUUUUCAGCCGAGGUGUUUGGAGUCUGCAGUGCAUUUUUAUUAUUAAGGUGUUUUUUAUAAGCAAAAGAAAUAAAUGUUAAUGCCACGCUGCAUGUGCCUUCAAUGCAAAGUCAUUAUUGCAGACGAGAGACAGACGGUUUUCUGUUUCUGUGCUGAUGUCUCUGCAGACGUGCAACAGACAGAUUGACAAAACCUGCUCUUUACUGCAGUCUGUUGAAGCAGAAAUAAGUGUAUUGCUCUCUACUUUUUCUGAGUUCUUUAAAGAUCAUAUUCAUUUCGCCUUUUACUAAUUAUUAUAUUUAAUAGAGUAAACACUCUUAUAUACUGUAGAUGUUUUGGUGUUUCAGUAUUGCUGUUCUCUGUUGCUCAAGCGUUGAUGUGGCAGGUGGUAAAGACAUGUGGAUGUUGAAAAAUAUUGUGCAACUAAACCAUAUCACUCUUAAAAAAAUGAAUGCUGAAAAAAACCUGAAGGAUCAGAGGAAUUGUAUUGGUUUUAAUGGAAGCUGUAAUGGUCUCUGUGUGUCUCUACUGGUAAUGUGUUGGGUUCUGUUGAUGACACCAUUAAAUCCUACGGGGUAUAUGACUCAAAACACACAAAGUUAUUUUGUGUUGGUUUUAAUGGUUUGUAAUUAUAUGUGUAGUGUACACUGUAAAAAAAGAUUGUAUUUUAACAGGAAAAAACCUUAAUAUUUUACUGUAAUUUUUUCUUUUUUUUUAAUUUUAUGCAAAUUUUAUUAAAAUUACGGACAAUUAUUUGUUAAGUAAUAACCCACAUAUUAUUUUACGUGUUAAGACAAUAAUGACAAAUUACAUGUUUUUCUUGUUUUUGUAGACAA